AUGUUUUGUCGCCGACCAAUUCUUGGUACACCUUUCGUCCGCCGCUAUGCCUCCCCGGUAGAAAAGAAACGCGCUGGAUCCGCGAUACAAGAGCAUCUAGAUCGAAUUGCUCAAACUGGGUCUGAGGUUGUCAUUCCAGACAUUGAACGCCUUCGCCCUAAUUCUCAUGCUUCCCCACACUCGCCUCUAUAUGCAACGGAAUACACUAAUCUACUCAAAAAGCUGACUCAUGCGUUCAAUGCGAAGCAACUCCGCCAAUUCAUGCAACUCUACAACCUUCCGCUGCCAACAGACCGCAAAAAGGACCCUAUGGCCAUCGCAAUUAUGGAGCAACAGUGGAAAUGGCCUUCUCUUGCAGCCAUAGAGAAAGAAAAGCGCGCUGCCGAAAUGGGAGUAGAGACACUUCCUUUAACUCCAAGAGACGCCGUAUUGAUUCUCGGAAAAGACGGAGCGGAAUCGCGUGCCCUAUCCCACCAACAUAACGUUCGGUUGAAGUUCCAAUCCCAUCCUCUUGCUUUGCGAAUUGAAGGAACGAAUGGUGCAUUGAAGGAAGUCAUCAAGCACAUAAACCAUCUCAAGACUUCCAUAGUCGAAGAGUUCUUUCAACUACCACCAGGAGCAACGAUCAGCGCCAAUAUCUUCACUCGCAUAUCGCGUCUUUCUGGGGCUCUAGUGGAAGAAUUUGGGGAAUCGAAAGUCCGCAUUUCGUUCCUUGAACAUCAUUCCAGGACCGGACAUCUUGUUCGACGACUCCUUGCUCAGUGUUUGUGUGAAGACACUCGUCCACAACAGUCACGAUUAUUCUGCCAUCUCCCACCGACUGUUCCCAGCUCCUCCUCGCUGCCAACAUCUUCUGCUUUUGCUCACUAUUAUGCGCUGUUCCCCUUUUUAUCGCCGCGUUUUCUAUCCUGGAGCACAAGCACUCGUGGCGUUUUUAGAGUGCGACGCGUUGAAGAUUGGCAAGGCCCUUCUGUUAUUGAAGACCUCAAAAAAACUGGAGGAUUGGUGAUGGGCCGAGGGCGGCUGUUAAAUAUUCACCAGCAGGAUGUUGAGCUUCAAAGUCUUCUUUCAAGCAAUGUACCGACUACGCACUCGAGGAGUGUUAUAGCCACCAUGGGCCAUGUUCUUCUAACAUCCCCACCGGGUAAACAGUUCCAAAUUACACCUCCGCUUCAAGGUCAUCUGAAGAUACCUGGUAUGUUGAAUUGGAUCAAAACUUCUACGGAGCCCAUAUUGUUUGCGCCAACGCUGCCUGCUCCCUCUCCUGGAGAAGUGGCAUCUCAUAAAGCAUUGCACCGCCUGGUAUAUCGUUCAGUCAAUACCCCAGAUGAUGAGACUUGCCAUGUCAUCAAAGUCGAAGUCACACUUCCUACUUCUCAAGCAGACACCAAAGGAGAGGACCUGGAAUGUCAGUGCACAAUGAGCCAGCUGGUCGACUUCGAUAUCCUGAUGCCUGACCGAUCCGCUGACGUCCGGCUUUCAACACUCGAUUCGAUCGAGUUGCCUCCAGGAGACCUGCCGUCGACGGUUGGCAGCUACCUCACAGAACUUGGUUCAUUCAUUGACUUCAAAGAUCCAGAUGCCCUCCAACCUGAACCCCCAGUCACUUUCAGCUUUGAAGGAACUUCUUAUCUACUUCAAGCUUGUACCAACGUUCGACAAAAGGUCGAGCCGACGAACACCCCUUCUCUCAGUGUCAUCUUAGAGAGCGCUGUCGACUUAGAAGGGGAACAAAAGUCAACCGCGCAUCAGGUUGUUUGCAAUGGUGAUUUGGGCGACGAAACCGUCUGGAAAGCCUUCUUGGCCUUAUGCGAUGCCAUGACGUCCCCAACGACAACAACUAGCAUUCCCUCGAGAACUCCUUUACUAUAA